CUCUUCCAGCACUGGAGCUCUAUUUCUGCUACUUAGGUGCACGGGAGUCUUAGGUCGCAGGAAUAACUUUGAUGAUUUUGAGCAGCAUUUUAUCUUCCAGACAUUUUUCUUUGGCAAGAUCCGACAAUACUCGUUGGGAUCAAUAUGGAAAAUACACAAUUGUCCGGUGUGUAUUGUCCCUUUAGAUAGAUAUAAAAAGGGAAGAGAAAAACAAAAACAAAAGAGAAAUACCUUUAACAUGGAGACAGUCGCACCAACUGGCAAUUGAACCAAACAAGUUAUUUCUUUUGUGAUGUCACCGCUGAUAUUUCUGCAGCUCCUUCUCCUGGGGUCAAGGGUCAUCAACAGCACCACAGACACAUGGAGACACUGUACAGAUUUGCUCCCUCUGGAUCUCCUGUCUUUUGUCCUGGAGAGGGACACCUCCAAACUCGUGCCCGGGGUGCACAUGAGGCAGGCAGGAGGGGUGAGGGGUGUACAUUUCACCAGCCCCCAUGCCUCCAUGAGCUUUCCCUCCUCCCAGUUGCUGGUGAAUUGUGACCUUUUCCCGAAAGAGUUCUCCAUUGUUUUGACUCUAAAAGUCUCUCGCAUUGCACAAAAGAGAAAUGAAUACAUCUUUUCCCUGAUGAUGCCAAAUACAGAAGAGGACAGGGCAGCGGACGAGAAAGAGAAUGAUAAAGGAGACACUUUGCAAAGUAAUAAAAAGAGGAGUAUCAGGGAAGAGCGACAAGAUGGAGAUAAUAAGAAGAAGACGAAGAAGGAAAAGCAAUUCAAAAGUAAUGAGGAACGUGGACGGAUCGUCUUGGGACUGAGGUUCUCGAGAAAAUGCCUGCACUUCCAUUUUAAAGGUCACGGAGGGGUCAACGAGCACUGGGUGUUUCGAGGCACCCGACUGGCUGACAACCAGUGGCACACUCUGGUUUUAACCAUUGCUGGUCAACAUGUGAGGCUCUCAGUGGACUGCAACUCACCUCUAGAAAUCGUUCCCACCAGGCCUUUCCCCUCAGACCUCAACAUUCAGGGAUCCAGAUUCCACAUUGGCAGUCGGGGAAGAUGGAAAGGCCUGUUUUCAGGUUUGCUACGACAGCUGGUUUUGGUACCAGGUUCAGAUGCCACCCAUCAGAUCUGCCCCUCUUCCGACCCCCAACUAGCAACUCUGUCAGUACCACCACUUUUCUCAGACCUGCCUGUCACGGGUCGGGAGCAUGAUAGCCACCUGACUUCCUAUGAGACAGAGGAGCGAGUGUCGGUGGGGUUGGAGCGUUCAUGCUCAGAGCUGCUACAAGGCCAGUUGUGGUUCAAUCCACUCAAGAAAGGCCUCUACCUCUGUGACGGUACAGCGUGGGUCACUGUGCUCGAAGAUCACAAAAGGCUAGACUAUGUACUGGAACACCAGGUUCUAACUACCAGCUCAGAGACGCACGAUGUAGAGGUUUUCCGGGUACCUGGCAUUGGUCUGAUGGCUGCCAUGGCUCACCGCUCCAAGGCGUCUGGCUCUGCUGUGUAUCUGUGGACCCACUCAGGAUUCAAACUCUACCAGAAUAUCUCCACGCAUGAAGCCCUAGCUUGGAGACACUUCAACAUAGGAAAGAAAAUAUUUCUGGUGGUGUCUAACUCUGGGGGAGGGCCAUACAAUGGCUUAAACAAAGAGUCGGAGACAGAAUUUUCUGUUAUUUACAAAUGGAGCAAGAAAAGUAAACAGUUUGUGCGGUUCCAGUCUCUGCAGACCUACUGCGCCCGAGACUGGGAGGCAUUUACCAUUAAUCAACAAGUCUAUCUAGCUGUGGCUAAUCAUAGACAAGGUAAUAAUAAUCACACUAUAGACAGUGUGAUAUACAAGUGGAACAGGUUAGCAAAGUCCUUUGAGGUUUACCAGAAGCUGCUGACCUCAGGGGCCUACGACUGGGAGUUCUUCACCGUCGGACCGUACCAUUUCCUUGUGGUCGCAAAUGCUUUUGAUGGAGUGACCACUUCUGUAGACUCUGUCAUCUAUGUGUGGGUCAAUGGACGCUUCCAGGUGUUCCAGAUAAUUAAGACAUUUUGUGCCACAGACUGGGAAAUGUUUCAGAUUGGCAGCAGAGUCUUCUUGGUUGUUGCCAAUGGACACAGACUGCAGGGUACCGAACCAAGUCGAUAUGCCAUCAACUCCACUAUCUACGAACUGGACAUGACUGGACAGCUCUUUGUCCGCUUCCAGGAUAUUGUCACCUAUAGUGCAGUGGACUGGGAAUUCUUCAGCCUCGGGGAAGAACAUUUUCUAAUAGUGGCUAACUCCUAUAAUGGAGAAUCCUACUCCCUCAACAGCAUUCUCUACAGAUGGCAAGGAUAUGAAGGCUUCAUUCCUGUACAUUGGCUCCCAACCAUUGGAUGCAGUGACUGGGAGUUUUUCAGCUCAAAAGGAGAAUCUUAUCUGAUCUACUCUAGUGGCAAAGCACCUCUCUCCAAGGUGUUCAAGCUAAAAACCUAUUAGUGUGUGUGUGUGUGUGUGUGUGUACAAAUAAUUUGCAAUAAUGUUUGAAAUGUGUGUGCAUACUGUCCACUAUUUCCAGCUCAACCUUGAAUACAUGCUGUACAAUCAGGACGAUGACAACAAUUAGGUCCUUCAGUAAUGUUUCUGAGUGUUUUCUUGUGCGUUUUAACAAGCUGAGGAGGAUUUAUAUUAAACAACUACAGAGUAACUGUAUAUGGUGGGUUUUGAAGAAUGAUUCUGAUAUCUCAUAGAAUAAAUGCCUUUAGAUUGUUUUAGGCAAGAAUCAUUUAAAUCAAUUUCACAUAUGAUUGAGUAUUUUGAUAUCCUUGCAAUGUGGGGAGGGGUCAUUUAGACCAUCAUUUGAGGAGAUGACAUUUUCAGAAAAUAAAGAAUUUAGAGAAGAAACGUAGACUAAUUAGGAACAUUCAGAUUUUUUUUCAGCAGUGGCUAUACUCAGAAAACUAUUUCAGGGAUUUUAGGGGAAUUUGGUAUAAUGACCAGUUAAUAAAUAAAUAUAAUACAGUUACCCUCAACCAGUGCUAGGCUAACAACUAAUGUACCUCAUUUUAACAAAUAUAGCGUGCACCAGAUUUCUAAGUGAGCAUGUCUAUUUUGUAUGUGUUUUCUAACAGAAACGAAUACAACUCAAGAAAAUCUUUCAUAGCUUUCUGUAAAUGCAUCUUAUGAAAAAUAAUGUUAAAAAUACAUGUGUGUGUAUGAGUGUGUGUACAAGUAGAAUUAAAUUAUUGAGAUGUCAAUAAACAAGUUUUAAUAUGCAAGACAAGAGUUGUUUUUGCAAUAGGCUCAGGGUGGAAACAAUAAUGGGCAUCCAACAUACCCUGCAGUGCACAAGUUUUCAUUCCAAGAUAUUUCGUGGCUAAUCGGAUACCU